GGGGCCGGGCCAAAGAGACGGGCGUUAGAAACACACCACCCACCCAGCCUGCCGCCAGCAACGAAGUGGUUCUUCAACAUUUUAUUUGUAUUCGUAUUGUCAAGAUGUCUCUUUCUAAGAAGUUAACUUUGGACAAAUUGGAUGUUAAAGGAAAACGAGUCAUUAUGAGAGUAGACUUCAAUGUUCCCAUGAAGAAGAACCAGAUUACAAAUAACCAGAGAAUCAAGGCUUCCAUCCCAAGCAUCAAGUACUGCCUGGAUAAUCAAGCCAAGUCAGUAGUUCUUAUGAGUCAUCUAGGUCGACCUGAUGGUGUUGCCAUGCCUGAUAAAUACUCCUUGGAGCCUGUUGCUGCUGAGCUCAAAUCCUUGCUGGGUAAGGAUAUUCUGUUCCUGAAAGACUGUGUGGGCCCAGAAGUGGAGAAAGCCUGUGCCAAUCCACCUGCAGGUUCAGUCAUCUUGCUGGAGAACCUACGUUUUCAUGUAGAGGAAGAAGGGAAGGGCCAGGAUCCUUCUGGAAAUAAGCUUAAAGCUGAGCCACAAAAAAUAGAAGCUUUCCGAGAAUCUCUCUCCAAGCUGGGUGAUGUCUAUGUAAAUGAUGCUUUUGGCACUGCUCACCGGGCUCACAGCUCCAUGGUGGGAGUGAAUUUGCCUCAGAAAGCAUCUGGAUUCCUAAUGAAGAAAGAGCUGGAAUAUUUUGCCAAAGCCCUGGAAAACCCAGAGAGACCCUUUCUGGCUAUACUCGGUGGAGCCAAAGUGGCAGACAAGAUCCAGCUCAUCAAAAAUAUGCUAGACAAGGUCAAUGAGAUGAUUAUUGGUGGUGGGAUGGCUUAUACCUUCCUCAAAGUGCUCAAAAACAUGGAGAUUGGUGCUUCCUUGUUUGAUGAACAGGGAGCCACAAUUGUCAAAGAUAUCAUGGCCAAAGCCAGUAAGAAUGGUGUGAACAUCACCUUUCCUGUUGACUUUGUCACAGCUGACAAGUUUGAGGAGAAUGCUAAGGUUGGCCAAGCCACUGUAGCAUCAGGCAUACCUGCUGGCUGGAUGGCUUUGGACUGUGGCCCUGAGACCAACAAGAAGUAUGCUCAAGUUGUGGCCCAAGCUAAGCUAAUUGUGUGGAAUGGACCUGUAGGGGUAUUUGAAUGGGAUGCGUUUGCUAAGGGAAGCAAAGCCCUCAUGGAUGAAAUCGUGAAAGCCACUUCCAGAGGCUGUAUCACCAUUAUAGGAGGUGGAGACACUGCUACUUGCUGUGCCAAAUGGAAUACUGAAGAUAAAAUCAGCCAUGUAAGCACUGGAGGAGGUGCCAGUCUAGAGCUUCUGGAAGGUAAAGUCCUUCCUGGAGUGGAUGCCCUAAGCAACUUGUAG